AUGCUGUACACUCAUGCCACUAUUGUGACAGUGGAUGCUUCCCGCCGCAUCAUCACUGACGGAGCCAUCCGAGUCAUCAACGAUUCAAUCGCAGAUAUUGGAAAGACAAACACCCUCAAAGAGAAGUAUGCCACCAACGAGGAGUGCGAUCUCUCAGGCCGAAUUAUCAUACCCGGGUUGAUCUCAACCCACAUGCACACAGCCCAGACCCUGCUGCGAGGCACAGCAGAUGACCUGGAGCUCGUAUCAUGGCUAUGUGAGAGAAUCUGGGUUCUCCAGGGGAAUUUCACGGCGGAAGAUGGGUAUGCUGCAGCACGACUGAGUAUCGGAGAGAUGCUCAAGUCAGGGACUACCUGCUUUUUGGAAAGCAUGUUCGCAGAUCGAUAUGGCUUCGAUGGGCUUUGUCGCGCUGUUGAAGAGAGUGGGAUCCGUGGUUGUCUAGGCAAGAUCGUCAUGGAUAUUGCGAAAUAUGCCAAAGAUGAUGCGUGGGCUAUGCAUCCCGGUCUCGUGGAGAAUCGGGAAACCUCAUUGCUUGGGACUGUUCAGAUGUGGGAGAAGUGGAAUGGUGCGGCCGAUGACAGGAUCAGAGUCUGGUUUGGUGCCAGGACCCCUGGAGGUGUAUCGGAUGGACUUUAUAAGGAAAUGACUGCUAUUUCCAGAGAAAGGGGUAUACCGAUUACCAUGCAUUGCGCUGAGGUCCAAGCCGAUCGUGACUUUUUCGCCUCGGUCUCGCAUACCCCGAUGUCCUACUGUGAUUCGGUUGGACUGCUAGGCGAAUCCACAGUCCUUGCUCAUAUGGUUCAUUUGGACGACUCGGAUAUCAAGCUGCUCUCUGCUUCCGGGACGCAUGUCGCCCAUUGCCCGACGUCCAAUGCCAAGCUCGCCUCUGGAACCUGCAGGGUUCCUGAUCUCCAAACUGCUGGAGUCAACAUCGGUCUAGGUACCGAUGGCGCCCCGUGUAAUAACACCUGUGAUCUGCUACAGGAGAUGAAGCUUGCCGCUAUUAUUCACAAAGGCAUUUCACAGAACCCUACCGUGGUCCCUGCUGAAAGCGUGCUGGAAAUGGCUACGGUAAAUGGUGCCAAAGCGUUGGGCUUGGAUAGCCAGAUCGGUAGCCUGGAGGUUGGAAAGAAGGCUGACUUUGUGGCUCUUGAUGUUCGCGGGAUUCACACUCAGCCUUGGUUCAACCCCGUCAGCGCGGUUGUUUAUACCGCAACAGCGCGGGAUGUCGAUGUUGUUGUGGUGAACGGCAAGAUUGUUGUCCGAAACGGGGCACUCUUGACGAUGGACGAGGAAGAAAUAGUGAGUGAAGCACAGAAGAGAAGCAAGGAAGUUGUGGAAAGGGCUGGGUUGGCCAAGAAAGUUGAGGGCCGUUGGCCAGUUGAGUGA